GGUAGUCAGCUAUCUCAAUCAGCAGCCGACAAUUAUUGCUCAACUUGGACAGUCGAUUGGCCCAAGCGCAUGUGAUCCAAUCGACGGAAGCACAGUCGACGGCAUCCAAUCUACAGUCGGGACUGCCGUUUAUGUCACGUCUGUUGCAGGUUUGUCCACAGCAACAGUCCGCAAGCCGACAGCACAGUCCCAGGUUUUGCCAUCUUCUGAACCUCCAGCCACUACAGCACCAGCGAGCAGUGCUGCUCCCCCAAGUUCAGUGCCGCCACCACCUCCCCCAACUUCAAGUAGGCCACCCCCUCCACCUCCUUCUUCCAGCGCAAUCCCAGUUCCUAGCAGCUCGCCACCACCUCCAUCAAGCGUGGCAGCACCACCUAGUAGCCAAUCGCCAUUGCCAUCUAGUCCAUCGCCAUCUCCCAUCCCCUCCUCGUCCGCCUCGCCUCCACCUCCCGAACCAUCAACGGUCCCUGAACCAUCGACCGUCAUCGAACCUUCUUCCUCGUUGGAAGCACCCCCUUCUGCCCCUCAAUCCUCAAUCCUCGUAUCAAGCCGCACGUCUACGCGCUCGACUACCACUUCGGAAGGCAGCUCAUCUGUUCCUCAGAGUUCAAUGUCUGAGUACACUGGAGGUGGUGCGUUGCCAACAGGGCAUAUCGCAGGUUUACUCCUCGGAGCUGCGGGCCUUGGUCUGGGACUGUUCUAAUCGCUUAGUUGGGAAAAGAAGGACCAGUAAAUACUUUUCAAUGUUUGAUGUUUAAUGCAAUAAUGCUCGACAAUGAGUUGGUGCACACCUCUACGGAUGUGUUGGAUGUAAUGUUAGGCUCAACAAAAUGCUUCAUUUCUACCAAUCUAAUAUGUGAAUACCCUUCCAUCUCAUGUCACGAACAUAUUG